AUGGAGUAUGAGUUGGAGACAUUUAAAAAUUUAAUAAGGUCAAAACUGUAUGAUUACACGGCCAAACUGUCGUACCUCUCAUACGAUGACGAGUGGAUCCGGGACAAAAUCCAACACUUAUCAGAAGUAAUUCAAAGAGCAAUAGAAACGUCCGAAAACUUGAUAGUUUUAGUAAGAGGACAACCUUCCUCAGGAAAAACGUACCUGGUGAGGAAAGCACUUUCUAACGUGCUCCUGGCGUCAAAAAAAUCCAAAGAUCAGUCGACACACGUGAUCGAACUUUACGCCUAUGACCAUGUGGAUGAUAUUAAGUGCAUGAGAGAACUAUUAAAUAGACUGGAGCUGGUCGCAGGCUCAAACAGAACUGCAGAGAAGCAUAUGUUAGUGUCUAACAUCAGGAGUCGGAUUCUGCACUGCCUAAAAAUCCUCAAAAGAAGUAACAGAUACAUAAUUAUAGUAAUUGAUGGGUUUGAGAUUUUUACCAAGGGAAAUUAUGACUGCAGUUCGACAGUAGGCUCAGUUUCCCGUCGACAAGGCCUACUAUACUUUUUAUCAGAUUCCAUUCAGAUUAAAGGAACUGCCUUCUCAAUUGUUUUUGUCACGUCUGAUCUUAACUGUAUUGACCGAAUGGAGAAGAGAGUUAAAUCUCGAUUCGUAUAUGAGCCUGUUUAUUGCUUCAGUGACUACGACGUUACUGAGUACUUUGAUUCCGUUGGAGAAUCAAAAAAAAUACUACCAAACUGUAUUGUUAAGGCUGAUAAAGAGAAAAUGAGUAUGAUGAUACAAGAUAGCGUGUGUGGAAAGGAUAGGAAUCAUAUCUCAAUAGAUGCUUGUAUAUCAAUUUUAAUGUUAAAGAAGUUCGAAUUUAAAAUUAAAAGAGAAAAAAAUAAAAGUCUGGUCCACGUUACCAUGAGAAAGGAAUUGAAGAAGGAUAGAGUGAUAUUUCAGAAUUUGAGUAUUCCACAGCAUUUGAUACUUGUAUCAUUGUCAAGGCUUCAUGUGAAGGGUGUUUACCCACAAACACUUUUGGAAAUUAUUAAGGACUUGCAGGACAUGGUCGCAUUCUUUCCAGCUGAAAGGAACUCACUUCCUAACCCUAUAGGACUGAGGAGGGUCUUUCUCGAACUCGUUUACAUGGGACUAAUUGAGUGGGUCAACUACUCUGAAAAUAAAAUCGACAAUGUUAAAGUACAACAUCUAGUCAAUGACCCAUCAGGAAAUACUAUACCAUGCAGAUUCCCCAAAUAUCGAGAGUAA